GCAAGGAGCCGCGGGGCGCAAAGCCUAGCCGCCGCCGCCAUGGGGCAGAUCGAGUGGGCCAUGUGGGCCAACGAGCAGGCGCUGGCGUCCGGCCUGAUUCUCAUCACUGGAGGAAUUGUGGCCACCGCCGGCCAGUUCACCCAGUGGUACUUUGGAGCAUACUCCAUUGCAGCAGGAGUCCUUGUCUGCCUGCUGGAGUACCCCCGGGGGAAGAGGAAGAAAGGCUCCACUAUGGAGCGCUGUGGACAGAAGUAUAUGACGUCUGUGGUGAAGAUGUUUGGGCCCCUCACCAGGAAUUACUACAUCCGGGCCUUCCUGCACCUUGUGCUGUCUGUGCCUGCAGGCUUCCUGCUUGCCACCAUUCUCGGGACUGCCUGCUUGGCCAUCGCAAGUGGCAUCUACCUGCUGGCGGCCAUCCGCGGGGAGCAGUGGACCCCCAUUGAGCAGAAGCCGCAGGAGCGGCCGCAGGUGGGCGGAACCAUCAAGCAGCCACCCAGCAACCCCCCGCCCCGGCCCCCGGCCGAGGCCCGUAAGAAGCCAAGCGAGGAAAAGGAGGAGGACACGGCAGCUGGAGGCUCCCCGGGCGGCGCCCAGACUAACCCCCUCCCUGUGACCGACGAGGUUGUGUGACUUCCCCCGCGCGGCCACCAGGCGGCGCCCGCAGUAUCUGACAAUAAACGGAAUGAACACA